GAUAUUUCCAUCACCCAUUUUACACGUUAGGUUGUUAGCAGACAAUUUACAAUUUGGUGGGACAGGCCCUUAAUGAAGUAUAAUAUCAGUAUACCGGAAAGUUCAAGUAUGUAAUGCUAUCAGCUCUGAUAGUGGCGACAUCUGGUGGUCGGCUUGAGCCGCAGUACUUGCCGCCUCGUCCCGGCGGCGGUGGUGGUGGCGGAGUGUUCGGCGGCGGCGCAGGCAGCGGCGGUGGGUCGGGCAUCGGGAUAUUCGGUGGAUCAGGAGGAGGUUCCGGCGGAUCGGGCGGCAACGCUAACUACGGCGGCAACGGCGGGGCCAACAUCCCUAUCCUGAGAUACGAAAAUGAAAACAACGGCGAUGGAACUUACCACUUCAGCUACGAGACUGGAAACGGUAUUCAAGCGCAAGAAAGCGGCGCUCCCCGAGCUCAGGGUCCCGAAGGACCUGCGGUAACCGCUGAAGGCGGGUUCUCUUACCGCGCGCCCGACGGCCAGCAAAUCUCCCUCUCCUACACUGCCGACGAGAACGGCUUCCAUCCCGUAGGCUCUCACCUUCCCACCCCGCCACCUAUUCCCGAGGAAAUCCUUCGCUCCAUAGAAUUCAACAGACGUAACCCAUCCUCUGAAGGUGCGUACAACCCAGGCGCAGGCUCGGGCGGCAACGGAGGCUCCAACGGCUACCACUACUGAUCUCAUUCAUAGACCCCGAACCACAACUGGCCGACAAAUCGCAUGCAAACACGUACCUAUUUAUACCUAGUAGACCUAUGCGCUCUCGUCCCAUCUUCAUCCUUGCUCCUUUGUUUUAUAUUCCUGCUGGAUAUCUCUCCACAUCUUAAUACCCUAUCUUAUUUCUGUUACGAUAUCCCCAUACAGUUUUAUUUCUCUAAUUCUUUUAUAUUACCUUUAUCAUAUAAGUUUGUAGAUUUAUUACGCGAUUCAAACGCCUCAUUGAUCAUUACUAUACUAAUGCCUCGAAAUAAGUUAAAAGCUAGUACUACAGUUAGAUUUAAACGUAGAUGCGAUACAAGUAAGCUUGCCUAGUACGCUUUGUUAGUGGUACGACGUGUUUAGCGCAUAUCGACCGCACCUUGGGACUGUGAUACCACGUUGUAAUCGAGCACGAUGUUAUGUAUAAGUUCAAAGUAAUGUAAAUAAGCAAUAUAAAUAAAAGUUUCAUUCCUA